AUGUUUGACGAAAAAUAUCAAGGAUCGUUGGUGACCGUGUUCUACAGUAUAGGCAGCAACCCGUUAAUCAACUGGGCCAUUCAAUGCAAAGAAAGCGAAUAUCGUUUCCUCCAAGAUGAUGUGAUGAAGUCCAGCGUGCUUCAGAUACAGUCGCAAAACGUCAACGCUUGUUCGAUAAGCACUCCGUCGAAGCCAACAGAUUCGCUGGGCAUCCGGUUGCCGUUCUUUACGAUGUUAAUGAAAAAUCUCGGCCGAUAUUUCACGUCCGAGAUAACGGUAUUGGACGAUCAAAAUAUUCGUCGGAGAUUCCGCAUAAGCAACUACUCCAAGUCCAUUAGGGUGAGCAUCCAUAUGUGCUCGAUGCCAGUGUGCUUGACCGAAGGAUGGACUCAAAUACAAUUGAAUCUGGCGGAUUUCACCAGUCAGAUGUAUAACACCGGUUUCGUGGAAGCUGUUCGCGUACAGGUGCACGCCAACUGCCGGCUUAGGAGAAUUUACUUCAGUGAAAAACUGUACACCAAUGAUGAACUUCCCAACGAGUACAGACUGUACAAGGUAAAAGUGCCGCGAGUAAUACCUGUUUCUACCGUGUUAAAGAAAAAGGCUAUUGCGGGCAAAAAGACAUAA